CUUUACAAGAUGAAAUAUUUGAUUCAGAUUGCUGUUUUAAUUGUCAAUGUUUAUUUUGGAUACGCAAAACCGGGAAUAAACAUUAAGAAACAAUUCGAAGUGCAAUUUAACCCUACACCGUUUAAAUCGUUGGAAUUUAUUUUUGAAAAAUGGUCGAGAUUCGGAAAGUUUGGAUUAAUAAGAAAAAUUGCGAAGAGAGAUACAAACGAUGUAAUCGAUAUAUUUAAGUUGCCAUCAAAUGAAAAGGAUAAUUUACAAGUGUUACCUGUUAAUAAGGAAUCAGAAGUUACAUUACCAGCCCAGAAUUUGGUUAUUUUAUCAACAGUUCAACCAAUACAAAGUACGGAGAAACCGUUACAGGAUUCGACAAAUAAAGUUGAAAUAAUACCUGUCGUUGAACCUAGUAAUGAAAUUGUUGAACCAAUAAAACCUUUCCUUCCGAUGCCAGGAGGCCAAAACACAAUUAGUAUUCCUGUUGAAGUAACAACACUGCAACCUGCAAGUACUUCAAUACCACUUGUCACUAAACCGGAAAUUACUCCAGAACCAACGCCUCUACUUUAUACAAAUAUUCUUCAAACAUUAAAUAUUCCUCAAAUGAAAGCAAUUAAUGAUCAAAUACCUCAAACUCUAUCACCACCAAAGUUCGAAAAUCAGAAUCUUAUUGUGAGGGGAUCAAGAUUCGCCAUGUACUUCGGUUCUAUGUUACUACGAAUGCUAUCACAAUACCUUUCCGGGGGCCGUGUCCCUUUAGGAAAUUUGCCCGGACAAGAGGUGCCACUUUUAUAAUAAAAAACAAAGAG